CAAAGACACGCCCACCAAGACUGUCCUCAAAGUGGGGAGGGGUGGUGGGGGAAACUUUGAUUGGUCAUCCCGGGAAGAAAAGGGCGGCAAAGUUAACCAACCAAUCCAAGCAGUCUCCUGACACACAAAAUCAACGACGUCUGCUAGCUCCAGGCCAUUCCUUUGCCUGAUCCGCCUUGAGCCGUAUCCCGAGGCGUCUCCGCGACGAUGGCGGUCAACAGAAUGCUCAAGUGCCUCCUCCUCACGCUCAACUUCCUGUUCUUCAUCUGCGGCGCCGUGGUCCUGGGGGUCUCGGCCCACGCCAGCUCCAACCGGACGGAGUACCAGAUCACCGACGAGCUCCUGCCGGCCGUCCACCUCAUGGUCGGGGUGGGCGCCAUCACCCUGGUGGUCGGCUUCCUGGGCUGCUGCGGCGCCGCCGCCGAGAGCCGCUGCCUGCUCGCGCUCUUUUUCCUGGGCCUCCUGGCCAUGCUCCUCAUGCUGCUGGCCGUAGGGGUGCUGGGGGCCAUGGCUCGCACGGACACGGCCCAGGACCUGGUCAGGGCCCAAUUCGAGAAGCUGGGGCCGCUGGCCGAGGCGCCCACGGAGGUGCAGGAGUCCUUCCAGAGCGUGGAGAGGGCGGGGCAGUGCUGCGGCUUCUUCAAGGGCCACGAGGACUGGAGCAACAGCUCCCUCGAGGUGCCCGACUCCUGCAACUGCACGGACACGUCGAAGAACUGCACGGCGCUGCUGGACGGGCGGGACGUGUUCGCCACGCCGUGCCUGCCCUACCUCCUCACGUGGCUGGACCGCGUCUCGGGCGCGCUCAUGGGCGUGGCCUUCGCCCUCGCCGCCGUCAUGGUCAUCGGCAUGGCCUUCUCCUUGGCGUUGAUGUGUCAGGUCUCAGUCGGGAACAAGAGUAUUAUCUAGUCAUGGGACGUAUACCGUGCCAAUCUUGACGGUGUUGUUGUUAAUGGAGAAAUGUAGAGGAAAUACUUAUUUUUGAGAGUUGUUUGAUGGCUUUUAGUUUCACUUCCUUGUUUGUUAAUAGUGGUGUUUUGGGGAGAGAAUAUAUCAAUGACUUAUUACACAUUUUUGAGUAAAUCUUUGGUCUACUUGUUUUUUUUCCUCUUUGUGUAGUAGUGGGGUUACGAGGCUAAUUUAACCAACAUCAAGAUAUUUAUUACCAAGAGAGAAACCACAUAGACACAUUCCAGCUGAAAUGAAAAUAGACUUUACCCUACUUUCUUUAAAUCCUCCUACUAUCUCCUUCACAGACACACACGCACAGUCAAACAGACACACACACACACAGACACACACACACACACACUCAGACACAUUCUCAAGUUUUACAGAGGAGGCCGUGAUUGAUCAGAUUUCAAACAGUAUGCAACAUUCUCAAGUGACAGAAAAUAGAGUCAUAAAUAAUUCGGGCUAUCCAACCCGGAUUAGUGUCUCUAGACCAGCUGUGAACCCACCGAUCUACAAACACGCGCAUUGUGUGUGUGCGUGUGCGCACAUAGUUUCACAGUGAGCAUACAUGCCGUCAGUGCGUCUCUCACUCUGUUGUUCGUCUCAGUGUCGUUCUGCCCUCUGGUAGGAGCACACCACGGUUCCCUCAACAACUUUAUUUACCCAACAAAGAGCGGAAAACGGCCUGACCUGUGAUAUGUUGAUAAUUGAU